AUGGCCAGCUCCAAUGGCCACGGCAAUCCCAACACAACUGGGCUGAGCGUACCGAAACCGCAGCAGCAGUCCUACGCCUUUGCAACCCGCGGCGUACACGCAGACGAUGCAAUCCACGAGUACACCGAUGUAGCACCAGCACUCCACGUCUCCACCACCUACCGAUAUCCUUCUGACCCAGACAAGCUUGAGCCGGUCGAUGACCUCGAUAUUCCAGCCCGCGAGCCCGGCGGAGUGAUACCGGGUGAUACACACGUAUACUCACGCCUGACUGCACCCAACAGCUCGCGGCUAGAGCUCCUACUCACAUCUAUCGUGGGCGCGCCAUGCUUGACAUACAACUCCGGCUUAGCAGCCUUCCAUGCUCUGCUAACGUACCUUAACCCCAAAGUAGUGGCAAUAGGAGCUGGCUACCAUGGCUGCCACGGAGUGCUACAUAUUUACCAGAAGCUUACAGGCUGUAAGAUCGUGGAUUUGUUCGAUGAGAAGAGCUGGGAUGACGAGGGAGCGGGCUGGAGCUUAGGCAAAGGUGACGUGGUGCAUCUGGAGACUCCAGUGAAUCCAACAGGCAGAGCGUUCGACAUUUCGCACUAUGCGGAGAUGGCGCACAAGCGAGGUGCCAUCUUGACGAUAGAUGCUACGUUCGCACCACCACCGCUGCAAGACCCGUUCAAGUGGGGUGCGGAUUACGUUAUGCACAGCGGAACCAAGUACUUUGGUGGCCAUUCAGAUAUGCUAUGCGGCGUCAUUGCCGUUGGGAAGAAUAGGGAGGGUUGGGAGAAGGACUAUUGGAGCAUGUACGGCGAGCGGCUACACCUGGGUUCGGUAAUGGGAAGCAUGGAGGGCUGGCUGGGCGUACGGAGUUUGCGGACGCUGGAGUUGCGGGUGACGAGGCAGAGUCAGAACUGUGAUAAUAUUGUCGCGGCUCUGAACGCCUGCCUUGAUGGCUCCGAAGCGGACGAAAAGGCUUGUGCGGUCAAGUCAGUGCUUGCCAAAAUCGAGCAUGCUUCGCUGCAAACGUCAGACAUGGCUUGGUUGAAGAAGCAGAUGCCGAAUGGAUUCGGACCUGUCUUCAGCAUCUGGUUCAAGACGGCUACACAAGCACGGAGAUUCCCGAGCAAGUUGCAGCUCUUCCACCAUGCCACGAGUCUAGGCGGCGUCGAAAGCCUCAUUGAGUGGCGAAGGAUGAGUGAUGACACAGUUGAAGAGACGCUCUGUCGGAUCAGCGUCGGUGUGGAGAAUUGGGAGGAUUUGAUGAAUGACUUGCUGGACGGCUGCGUUGCACUCGCUAAAGAGGCGAAGUGA